UCCGUUGUCUCCUCUGUUUUCGGUUCUGUCGUCGAGCAUAAUCAGAAGCAAGAGCGAGCCCGCGCGGCGGGAGUCGGUGCGGAAGUCUCGGCAAAACUAGGCCCAUAUGUGAAGUUGCGCAAGCCGUUGGAGAUGCUCGCUGGUUCGUGGCUUGGAGAAGACGCUGUGAAAAGAAGACUACGCAAGUCGCCCAAAGCGAACAAUCAGCCUACUUCCUCUAGGAGAAAAAGAGUCACUCGAGCGACUUUUUUUGCAGACAUUCUAGACGACUGGCAAGACGCGAUGGAGAUGGCAGAGAACGGAGGUCGUAAUGGUGAUAACUGUAAAAGUAGUGCUGGCAAUAGCAACACCAGAGGACGAGCAGGUAGUGGUGGAUCAGGAGAAAUACAACAGUUAUAUGGAGACUUUAGCGAUCGAGAACUGGUGGCUUCGGCCUCAUGCAGUGCUGCGGGUUCUCCAAACAAAAAGAAAAAUGCGGAACCUGUAAUUCCUCCAAGUAGUAAGGUUCGCGUCGACUUAAACAACAAAGAGCAACUCCAACAACUUCAGAACAAACUGAAAAAGCACAUUGACUCUUUUGCAGACCCUGGUCAAAUUCAGCAUACCAUUGAACAAAUAAAGCAAGAAGUUUUAGUAGCAACAGCAGACUCGAAGCAAACAUCUUCUGAGGUAGAGGACUGUGCUGAGUGCUCUUCGGAUUCAGGUCUUGACCAAAAACCUCCUUUCGAAGGCAGAGCUACCACGAAACUCAAGGAUAAAGCAACUUUGCGAGAAACAGCAAAGAGUGCUGCUAGUAUCCUGCGCCUCUCCAUGGUUCAUCAUCCUGAACUACUUGCUGAAUCUAUCUCUCUGACGAAAGACACAUUAUUUUCAGAGUUUCUUGAAUGGGAUCAGAAGAAGUCACACUGUGAAGGCGCUACCGUAUUUGCGGACAAGAAAGCAGGACAACUAGUCGACGCACUGAUCGAAUAUGACACAGGUUCUCCGCCUAAUCACGAAUCGCUGUCUUCAGCAGAUGACGAUCCUAGUCCGCGCGACGAAGAAGACGCCGCUACGCGAGCUCUGGCAGCAUUGGAACACAUUUUUGCAUUUGCGGACGAUGAUGCGGGGAUGAAGGAAGCUUUUGAUCACCAUGGAGGUGUGGAACCAGGGCAAGGCGCAGGAGGUCGAAGUACAAGCUCUAGUUUUCUUGGCCUUCCCUACCGAGAAC